GAAGAUAGAGACGAGGGGAAAAUGGAAAACAACCAACGAUGAUUGAUUACACGUGACGUGUUUGUCGAGUAAAUCGAAAAGAUCGAGAUAAAUCGUAAUUGGAUCGAAACCUUGUUGUGAACGAGGGAGAGAGAGAGAGGAAGAGAGAGGGAGAGAGAAAACAACCAAAAGAAGAGAAGGCGAGAAUGAAGGAGAUAGUAGCAAAAGAGACGAAAUAUGACAAGGUGGUAACACGAUUGAUAGAAACAAAGUAUUCGUGCUAUCGGAUAUCAAUUACUAACUAUCGAUCGCAGGCUAGCAACUACCAAUUGUCGACUAUUGACAGCAAGCGAGUUUUCUUGGUUUUUCAAAACACUCGAGGUCAUAUACAAGUGCGAAAUCAAUACGCUGUUACGCAUUGAUCCCACAGCUACAGAAAUGUACGCGUUCACGUAAUACUCUAGCUGCUAGAGUUCGGCAGAAUCAAGUUUAAUAUUUGUUUAAAAGGUCAGAAAAAAUGGUUUUUGCGCGCCAAUGACACUGAAUCGAAAUAAUUUAUAAGUAAAAUAUGUUUCGAGAGAUAGUUAAGAAAAAACACGAGCCACUGCAACUCUCAACUCUCGUACAAAGCACAACGUUUCGUGAAUACACGAAUAUAUCGUAGCAGAAAUUAUACAUCUCGUGCGGAGUUUUUGAAAUCGAUCUAUUGUCGAUUUUUUGAUGCGAAUAGCCCACUGUGGAUCACAGUGUGCUGCGGUAUGUUAUCGUGAAUCGAAGAAAGUUUGCGUUCGAAUGAUCGAUCACGGCUCGAUUCAAAGUGGAAAAAAUCCAUUCCUAGACAACAUGGUUUCGUCGCGCGGAAGUGGUAGGGGAGUCGAAGAGUAUACUCGCUGGUUCGUACGCCGAAAGCUCAGUUUAGUUUAAUAGCGGUUUCGAGCCGCAUUCUUCUCCGAGCUUCGAAUUUUGGAAUGUCCGAAUAUUGAAUAAAAUUCGCAAUUAUCGAAGCGUCGAAACCGGGAUCGAAACACAAUCAAACGCAAGGAAAGCAAAGAAGAAUGAGAACCAAUGGCUUUUUGGCGAAUUUUUGAAUCGAUUGAAUUUCAUAUACCAUAGGAAAUUGGUUUAUUGUGUAUGCGUUUCUUCGAUCACUUGCCCUCCAACCGUUUUUACUAUUUCUAUUUUCUCCUUCGAUUUCAAUCUCGUGUGAUCGCUUAUGAAUUAACGAAGAUACCCGCAGCAAGGAAACAUAGAGAACGUAUUAAGGCUUAAUAUUCGUAUGCAAAACGGAAGCGGGAAAAGAAACAAAAUCGAGAUAAAUCCGAUCGACAAAGGAAGAAAUAGAGUGGCGAACAAUGAAAUACAAGGUAAACGAUCCGGACGCAAACGACGAAAGGAAUGGCGCGAUUGAGAUGAAACAAGAAUCGAUAUUCCCGUGGCGAUAUGGGCCAAGGAACGAAAAGGAAUUGGACAAAAAUAGAUGGAAAUUGAUCAUAAUCGUUGGUAUAUUAACGGUAAUCGUGGUUGCGUUGCUACUAACGCUGGCCUUGCAGACGGUUAUUUUCCGCAAGGAAGUCUACGAUGAGAUGUGCCAGAGCGAGGAAUGCGUGAGGACAGCCGCGAGGAUAAUAGAGGCGAUGAACAGAUCUGUAGAUCCUUGUCGAGAUUUCUACAAAUUCGCCUGCGGCGGUUGGAUUUCAAAGAAUCCUAUACCGCAGAGUCAAACAUCCUGGGAUCAAUUGAGUCUUCUUAAGGAACGAUUGCUGAAGGAUCUAAGGAUAUUGCUCGAAGAAUCGGACGAUGGAAACGAUUUGAGAUCGGUCAAGUUGGCUAGAACUCUGUACAGGACUUGUAUGAAUUUAACGAGCAUCGAAGCUCUGGGGUUGAAACCCGUCUAUGAAACGUUCAACAAGCUCGGAUUGCCAAAAGACCCACCUUUACAAAACGAAAUUUUACCUUUUGAUCUUCCCGGUAUUGUCGGCAGGAUACAGAGAGUUUUAGGUUUGAAUAUAUUUCUAAAUUUUUAUAUUAGCGAGGAUAUACGAGACACGACGAGAAAUAUGAUGAUGAUAGAACAAACGUCGCCAGGAUUUAGCGAGCGUUAUUUGCUCGAUUCUUCGCGAUUUCAAUCGGAAUUAAUGGAAUAUAAGAAGUAUAUAGAAAGCAUGAUCGAACUGGCUGGCGCAGGGAAUAGAAGCACCGAAUUUGCCAACGAAAUCUUAAACUUUAGCACGAAUAUCGCGCGCAUCAUGGCGACUCCGGAACAAAGACGCAACGUAAAUCAUCUUAUUUACGAUGUAACGAUCAAUGAAUUUCAACAGAUGACAGAUUUGCACGUACAACAGUGGAACUGGACCAGAUAUUUGGAAGCGGUGUUCGACGAUACAAACGUGACGAUAAAUACUGAAUCGGAGCGUGUGAUCAUAAUGGAUCUGCAGUAUUUACAGAAACUACCUAAACUGUUAGCGACUACUCCAUUCGCCACGAUAGCGCGAUUCGUAUGGUGGAACGUCUAUUCGGCGAUUGCUCCAUUAACGUCACAGCGAUUUCGUGAUCUUGGUUUCAAAUUCUCGCAGAAAGUUUUCGGUUUAAAAGAAGAGACAUCGAGAUGGAAAAUUUGUGCUGGAAAUGUAAACGUAAAUUUUGGUAUGGCUCUCAGUUAUAUUUACGCACGAAAACACUUUGACGAUAAUGCUCGACAGAAGGCUCUAGAAAUGUUGCUCGACAUUAAGGCAGCAUUUGAACAAAUGGUUGCCGAGCUAGAUUGGAUGGAUGCUGAGACAAGAGCUCGGGCUCAUAGAAAGCUGCACGCGAUAAGACCGUUCGUAGGAAUUCCAGACUGGAUUACUAAUUCAACGAAAUUGGAUAAAUUUUACGAGGGGAAAAAUGUUGUGCCUGGGCGAUUGUUCGAUACAUUUUUGAUGCUAACUGACGCAACAGUCAAGAAAAGUUUAAAUAGUUUGCGUGAGAAACCGGACAAAAAUCGAUGGAUAUCGACUGGGACAACAGUAAAUGCGUUUUAUAGCGCGAUAUUAAACUCAGUCACAUUUCCAGCUGGUAUUUUGCAUCCUCCGUUUUACGGGAAUGGUUUACAGUCUAUCAAUUACGGUGCUAUGGGCGCAAUCAUGGGUCAUGAACUAACUCAUGGAUUCGAUGAUCAAGGUCGUAGAUAUGACGAAAACGGGAAUCUUCAGCAGUGGUGGAGCAACGAGACGUUACAACGUUACCACGAGAAAGUUGAGUGUAUAAUCAAACAGUACGGUAACUAUCAUCUGCCAGAGCUAGGCAAUAAUAAUAAUUUCACGGUAAAUGGCGUGAAUACACAAGGAGAGAAUAUAGCUGAUAACGGUGGUAUACGAGAGGCCUACAAAGCGUAUCAACGAUUUCGAACAAGAAAUACUAAUCGACUAGCUCUACCCGGCCUCGCUAAUUAUAGCCAAGAACAAUUAUUUUUUAUAGGUUUCGCACAAAUCUGGUGCGGUAGUUAUACGAAUGGGGCGCUAAAAUCUAAAUUGAUACAAGGAGUUCAUGCGCCAAAUCAUUUCAGAGUCAUUGGAACUUUAUCGAAUAACGCGGAUUUUGCGGAAGCAUGGAAUUGUCCGGUUGAAAGUCCCAUGAAUCCGUCUCGCAAAUGUAUUCUUUGGUAAUUAUUUGUAAUUACACAGCACGCACGUAUCCGAACAUUACUGAACAUACGAGAUUAUGUUAUUCUUUAAAAAGAAUGUUGUAUAAUAUUCAUAGUAAAAUUACAUAAACAGCAAA